CGAGCCAGGACGGGCUCGAUUCGGGCUCGAAACGCCAUUCCAGAGGCAAUGGACAAGCUACGCUCUUGGUGCUCCUCCCCGGCGGCGCCCAUGGCGUCGUCACCGUGCCGAGGUUCAGAGGAGGUCGACGAGGUCGUCAGCGCAGGAUGGGUCAUUCCAGUCGAUACCGAUGCCGUUCUUGCGGACCACUCCGUGGCGAUCAGAGGAGGCAAGAUCGUGGGCGUCUUGCCGACCGCCGAUGCCAUCGCUAAGUACAAGACCAACAACUAUACCUCGUUGCCGAACUCCGCCCUGAUGCCAGGGUUCGUGAACACCCACAACCAUUCCCCCAUGGUCUACCUCCGUGGUGUCUCAGACGACGUCAACUUGCGCGAUUGGCUGGAAAAGACGAUAUGGCCGCUGGAGUUCAAGUUCUGUGGACCCGAGUUUGUGCGUGACGGCUGCGAACUGGCAGUGGCCGAGAUGAUAAUGGGCGGCACGACGACGUUCAACGACAUGUAUUGGUUCCCCGAAUCUGUGUGUGAAGUGGUCAAGAGUUCCGGCAUUCGCGCAGCUGUGGGAAUCAUUGCCAUCGAAUUCCCUUUCGGCAGCUACGGCACUGGUCCAGACGACUAUUUGGAAAAGGGUCAGAAGACGAGGGAGCUCUUCGCCGGGGAGUCUCGGAUCUCCUGGACUGUCAGCCUUCACGCGCCCUACACCUGUUCAGAUGCCACGCUCGCGAAGGGCAAAGAGCUGAGCGACAAGCUGAACGUGCCCCUCCACAUUCACCUGCACGAGACGCAGGCCGAAGUAGAGGACAGCAUCACCCAGACAGCGUCUAUGAGCAAGCACAUGAGCGAGGAGAAGUGCAGCCCGCUAAAGAACAUGAAGCGGCUCGGCAUGGUCAACGAGCGCCUCGUGGCUGUGCACAUGAACUGGCUGACUGAUGAGGAGAUUUCUGACCUGGCCCAGGCCAAGUCGAACGUGGUCCACUGCCCCGCAUCUGGCCUGAAGCUCGGAAGCGGCAUGUGCCGGACUGCAGAUCUUCUCCAAGCCGGUGUCAACGUCGCGCUGGGCACCGACGGGGCGUCCUCCAACAACACCCUCGACAUGAUGGCGGAGAUGAGGCUCGCGGCGCUGCUCGCAAAGGGCGUCAAGAAGGACUCCACCGUCGCCCCGGCGAUGGUCGCGCUCAGGAUGGCGACCCUGAGCGGGGCGAAGGCCCUCGGCAUCGACUCCGUCACGGGCAGCCUCUCGGUCGGCAAGGAGGCGGACAUGAUCUCGGUGGACUUCGGCUCGCCCUCCGCCUGGCCCGCCCCGACGGUCACGGACUCGGCGAAGGGGUUCGACGCUGUGACCCACAUCGUCUACGCAAGCACGAGAGAUCAGGUCUCGAACGUGUGGGUGCAGGGGAAGUGCCUCAUGAAAGACCGCAAGCUUCUGUGUAUGCAGGUGGACGAGCUCUGGAGGAAGGCGCAGGAGUGGGGCGCCAAAAUCACAGAGGCGAAGACCGGCAUGGCCAGCCCGCCGAGUUAAGAAGGGGCGGGCUCCACGAAUGCUUGUUCGUAGUAGUCGCAUCGGAGGGACUUGUUCUGCCAGAUCAGCUGGCGUUCUCCUUCUGCGCCGCCCCGUCCAUCCUCCUCCACGCCUGCUGCUGCUUCUCUCCUCCUUCAGCCCUUGCUCGGGCUUGCUGGCCUUUGCCUGCCCCGUGCACGAGCCCACGGCUGCGGCUGGAGCGCGUGCGGCGUGCGCUCGAGCGAUAUUUCGCGCGCACGCGUACCGCCUGCUACCAGUUUGAAACGUAUCCCUACCAUUGUGUUUGGCAUCACCUCACCUCGAUGCCGAUCUUAAGGAUUCCCUCAGUUUCGGAGGGCACAUUCCGAAUAUUGCCUUUGCUUCUUGCUCGCCCGUCUUAAGGAUGGGGAUCAGUUCGAGGCUGGUAAGCCGGGGGUGGGGGAAGGAACACGUGAGCGCAGAUGUAGGGAGCGCGCGUGUUUCUUUCGCCAGUGAGGUCCCGUGCCUUCGCCUCUUGCCACGACCCCGACCUUCAACUGACGUCGCGCUGUCGUGUACAA